ACAAACUUUAUUCUUAUUCCUUCAUUACUAGCUAGUGCUUCUAAAUUCACUAUUAAAUACUCAAGAACCAUAAACAUAUUGUAUAACUCUGCAUCAAGGAAUCAUCAUGGCAAAAAACUAUGGUUUCCUUAUUUGCAUACUUGUCAUGGUGAUGGAUAUUGUUGCAGGCAUACUAGGAAUUCAAGCUGAAACAGCUCAAAACAAGGAAAAACCUAUUAAGGUGUGGAUACUUGAGUGUAGGUAUCCUAGCCAUCAAGCUUUCCAAUUAGGACUUGCAGCUGUUAUUCUAUUGUCUCUUGCUCACAUAAUUGCUAACUUGCUUGGAGGUUGUGUUUGUGUUUGGUCCAAAGACCAAUACAGAUCAGCUACGGCUAACAGACAAUUAGCCGUAGCUUUUCUAAUUUUCUCUUGGAUUGUGUUAGCAGUUGCAUUCCCCAUGCUGAUUAUAGGCACAUUAGCAAAUUCAAGAUCAAGAAAAUCUUGUGGGAUAUUUAACCACAGGUUUCUAUUCAUUGGUGGAAUUUUAUGUUUCAUUCAUGGAUUGUUCACUGUUCCAUAUUAUGUUUCUGCCACAGCCAUGAGAAGGGAAGAAAAGAGACGAUUAGAAAGCCUCGGCGGGCCUGCCAUAAGACGUUAAUUAUCAUAAUUUCCAAUAAUGUUGCUCGAUAUCUUCGUAUUAUAAGGCUAAACUCUAACCAGAAUUGCAUAUGAGAUGUACAUUUUUAUUUUGCCAAGUGUUUUUUUCAAUUAAAUUGAUUGAAUAUUGAAUGGAGAGUUAGAUUUUUAUUAUUUGCUAAAAUAUGUUGCUGCUUAAACUGAAUUGAGCUAAAAAAGAAAUU